AUGAACUGGGAUACGUAUCCCAAGCUCAACUCCAUGUAUUACAAUUACCGUCAGUUCUACUUCGGGUAUUCCCCAAGUAACGCAGGCGAUUCUACGACCUCGUUCCGCGCCUGCAGCCUCUUCUUCUACGACCCGACUCUGAUCGAACCCUUUGUGAUAUCUCCGGGUUCCAAUACAGAGCAAUCCUUCAACCAGAGCAGAGAGUUUCCCCAGCAAUGUGUCGCAGAUCUCACGGCACGUUUUGACCGCGCUGCGAGGGAGAAUGUCACGCUUCGAUCGGACGAAGAUAUUGCUGCCUUUUGUGGGCAACAAAUUGAUGAUCUGGACGAGUAUCACCCGGAGUCCUGCAGGGGGUAUAUCCUGUCGAUUAUUGACACUGAAGCUUUCACCACCAACGCGUCCCAGCCAGCAAACUGCACCCUCAGCACCGGCGAGAACUACAACCUUCGACCGGUCACUAGUACCGGGUUCACGAGUAUCUGGCAGACGGUUGCGGGCACGACGCCCGUUAUUACGAUCCUGUUUCCCCCUGGCUCGAAUGACUCGGAUAUAGAGCCCGAGACGCACUACGCUGUGCUGAGAGCUGCAACGGACUUGCUUCCGCUACUGGAGAGUGGCUCAAGGGCUUUGGAUGCUAGCUCGACCUACCUUGUUUGGCUGAGUUGCGUGGUGGGCGUUUGCUUUGCUGUCAGCGAGGUUUCAAGCAUGUAG